AUGACAUCAACAACAGUACCUACACCCACACCAGUAUUACCACCAACUUCUUCAUCUAAUGAAGGUCAACAAAUAAUAUCCUCACCAUCGUCACAACCAAGAUUUUAUCGUCGUCCUUAUAAUGAUUUACGACAUCUUGAAUCGAUAUGGACUGAUACGAAUCAGAAUGCAGUUCCAUACAGUGAACAACAUCGAACAGGAAUACAAGCUGCACAAUUAGCUAAUCGAUUACAGUAUUUUCAUAUCAGUAAUGAUCAUAAUCCAACAGGAAGACCUGUCAUGGUAAAUAAUGCUUCACCACAUCCAUCAUGGACACAACAUGAAAUAUUAGUUGAAGAUGGAUUGAUCGAGCGAUUCAAAGAUGCAAUCAAUGACUUUAUGAAACGUCCUGGUCGUCGAUAUGCAUAUGAUGCGAACAUGCGCUGGAGUCUUGAACAUUGCCAUGAGAUAAGCUUUAGUGUUACUAUUUCAAUUAAAAAACCUACUGAUAUAGUUUGA